UCCCACUCCACCCAUCAGAAAGCACCGGUAUGCUGCUCUCGAGUUGGGGAAUGCUAUUCUCUUGCUAUCGUCUAGUAGCCAUUUCUCGAUAAUCUUGACGUCUUUCGAUGUCGCUGUGGUCUUUGGAACUCGUCCUCAUGGCUUUGUAUUGGGCGAGACCCGACCAACGUCACCAACAUUGGCUUGUCCACGGAUACAAUAACCACUCUUACUAACGAUAGGGGAACCCACGCGUAUCUCUUAUCAUUCCCAUAGCUAUAGAUUACCUGCUUGAGAAAGCACCGGGUCCAAUCAGCCCUAUCUUCCCCUCAUAUGUCUCACACACAGCAUCACGAGGGGCAUAUCUGUACCCCAUCUUGCUUUCCACAUCUUUCUUCUUUCAUCAUUCUCGCAUCCUCUUGAUAUUUGCAGUUCCCUUUCCUACCCCCUAUCCAUACAAGACAUGUCAGACCUCCAAACCAUCCCCGCCUGUCGCGGCGCCGCAACCCUCGUCCGCCACGGCCAAAAGAUCAAGAUCAUAAACACGCACGGUAACCAAGUCGUCGACACAUGGGCUUUUGCACUUCCAUCAACCUCCAUAACCGUAUCCUCCAAGGUCGAAGCCCCACUAUACCCGAGUGCAACAUCGACUUCCCCAUCUCAGUACUCCGCAGUCGCCAACACCCCCGCCAGUGCGCCUGAAUAUAUGUCCAUGUGCCACUGCCGCGCAUCUUUGCUGAAGAUCACACCAGCCGUCGGCGACGUGUUAGUCAGCCAGAAGCGCGCGCCCAUGCUGAAGUUGCUCGAGGACACCAGUCCGGGCGUGCAUGACACACUGAUUGCGGCAUGUGAUCGGUGGCGGUACAGCGAGCUGGGGGUCGAGGGAUAUCACGAGAGCUGUACGGAUAACUGCUGGGACGCUUUGGCUUCCGUCUCCGCCUCAGAAUCCGGAUUGAGCACAUUGGCGCAGCAGCUCGGAGGAAGAGUUCCCGAUCCGUUCAAUUUGUUCAUGAAUAUUCCCGUUGCGGAGGGCAGUGGAGCGAAGAGAGGUGUGAGCUUUGAGGCGCCGGUGACAAGCAAGGGAGACUAUGUGGUGUUGGAGGCGAUGAGGGAUGUGAUCGUUGUUAUGAGUGCGUGUCCGCAGGAUGUGCUCACGAUUAAUGGUGGGACGCCUGUAGAUGCACAUUUCCAGGUCUUGGGAUGAGUCUUUGGUAGUCUUUGACUUGAGCCUUGGACAUGCAGUGUUCAGAAGUAAUAUAUUUAUUUGCCAUUUUGAAAU